UUGCGGGACGUGCUGGGCGCCGUUUCUCUCUGAACUUUAAGAAAAAAAUUCCGCAAAGAUCGGGACUGGUUUACAAAGCGUUGAAAUUUUCUUCUAGAUUUUGUGACGUCAUCCACGAGAAUGCUUCUUUCCCUGCUCCCAUUAACUGUUGCUGCAUUGCUAUCGCCUGCUACUUCUGAUCAUUCAGACUACCCUGUAAGGACGACGUCUAACUGGAACGUAACAAGUUUCAACCUUCCCGAUAAGGACAAAGUAGUCCUUGCAGCGAAGCAAAACCACUCCGGAACAACUUUUCGUGCCAGGGUGUUUCAUGAUGGAGAUGAUGUUUAUAAUGCAACAUGUAGUAUGGCAAUCAGUAGAUGGGAUGCUGUCAUCAUAUCAAGAGAGUGGAUUGAGCAGCCGAACUACUCUGAUCAAUGCCGAGGUGCUAACUUUCCUGAAACUCCGCAGAAGCCAAAAAGUCGCAGCCUUCUUGUAAUGAGCGACGCCCCUACAGACUGGCAGUUAUUUGCACUGCCCUUCAAGAAUAGUGAGAUCAAACGAACAUCUGACGGGAGUGCUGUUUCUUUCGAUCUUCCAGCAAGAGAAGCUGUCUUCAUUCUGUAUCACCCAGAAGACAGAACCAAGCCACAUUUUGAAUUAUCUCUCUCUGUGAAUAAUGAGCUCAUUUACCUGCUCAAUUUCACCAGCAGACCCAAUUAUGAAUGGAAUACCGUUGCUAUAUAUGAAGAUUGGAUUAAUCCAAGAUUGUCUAGUAUUCCUAAGUUCACCAUUCCCAUGGAAUCAAGAUCAUUACAAGGAAGGCGCAUCAAUGUGUCUAGUGAGGUUCCAAUCCAGUGGCAAAUGUUUUAUCUGCCACUAGAACCAGAAAACGAAGUCGAGAGCACGGCAGAAGGAGAAAUAAAAGAUUGUGCCUUUUUCUGUGUACUGACCAUCGUCAUCAGCUGUCUCUACGUGCUGACGUUAAUUGCUGCAGCCCUGUACAUUUAUCACCUGAAGGCAUCGGCUACACGCUCUCAGGGUACAGACACUCAAGAGGGUCAGUCGGAAAUAGAACGAAAGAAAUCUGGAAAUUAUGAGGAACCCAUUUACGAAAACGAUGGAAAUAAUGGAGAACCUGCAAACACGAAUGCUGGACAUUAUAUGGAGCACAUGCACAAGAGACAUGGAAACUUUCAGGAACCAGUCUUCACGAACGGAGAAGACGAAGAAGAACACAUUUAUGAAGAAGUCGACACCAUGCAAGGACAGUAUUCCGCUAGCAUUGAACACCAGAUCUGCUACACACGUGUACCAAAAAUCACGCAGGUUGGACGAGGCCACCAGCGUACUGAAGUCGAUACAUUCGGAUAUAUGAUUCCUGCGCACAAACCAGGCAACAGAGACCAACGCUAUUAAAACUAUGAUUUAGGGUGUCAUCAAUUUCCUUAAGACAAGCUGACUGAGAUGAAUUGAACUGAAUUGAAUAUAAAAUCUACACCAGACAGACAGACUGAUGUUAGCAAAUUGCAUUUUACUUUAUUUAGAUGGAAGAGAUUAUCAACAGAACUUUCCUCCUAAACUUAGGGAGACUGUGACACUAACUGAACUUUCCUACGAAAGUAGACGAGGCUGUUUAUUAUUAACUGAAUUUUUCUGCUGAAGUGGAGAAGAAUGACGUUUGCUCGCUGAAAAAAAAAAAUAAAUAUAACUAACUAACUUCAUACCGGCAAAGAAAAUGGCCUUUUCAUAUUUUAUUUCGCUGGUCGCGUGGUAGAGAAUAAUACUACAAAACAGGAUUUUAUCAUUCCUGACUUUGGAAUCAGUUGCAAUUACACUGCCCACAGCAAGUGGAAAUCACACUGAAUUCAGCACCUAAAGGUUAAGUAAGUCCGAAGCAAUCAUAUAGGAGUUUGAAUAAUCAUAACAUUUCUGAAACGGUGUAUAAACUCUAAUAAUAAUAAUAAUAAUAAUAAUAAUAAUAAUGAUAGACAAAAUGGUAAUGAAGAACAGUAGGAGAAGGAAAACAAACCUAAGCAUGGCAUGGAUAGACUAUAAGAAAGCCUUCGACAUGAUACCACACACAUGGCUAAUAGAAUGCCUGAAAAUAUAUGGGGCAGAGGAAAACCCCAUCAGCUUCCUCAAAUAUACAAUGCGCAACUGGAAUACAAUACAUACAAGCUCUGGAAUAAGACUAGCAGAGGUUAAUAUCAGGAGAGGGAUCUUCCAGGGCGACACACUGUCCCCACUACUCUUCGUAGUAGCCAUGAUUCCCAUGACAAAAAUAUUACAGAAGAUGGAUGCCGGGUACCAACUCAAGAAAAGAGGCAACAGAAUCAACCAUCUGAUGUUCAUGGACGACAUCAAGCUGUAUGGUAAGAGCAUCAAGGAAAUAGAUACCCUAAUCCAGACUGUAAGGAUUGUAUCUGGGGACAUCAGGAUGGAGUUUGGAAUAGAAAAAUGCGCCUUAGUCAACAUACAAAAGGGCAAAGUAACGAGAACUGAAGGGAUAAAGCUACCAGAUGGGAGCAACAUCAAACACACAGAUGAGACAGGAUACAAAUACCUGGGAAUAAUGGAAGGAGGGGAUAUAUAACACCAAGAGAUGAAGGACACGAUCAGGAAAGAAUAUAUGCCGAGACCCAAGGCGAUACUCAAGUCAAAACUCAACGCCGGAAACAUGAUAAAAGCCAUAAACACAUGGGCAGUGACAGUAAUCAGAUACAGCGCAGGAAUAGUGGAAUGGACGAAGGCAGAACUCCGCAGCAUAGAUCAGAAAACCAGGAAACAUAUGACAAUACACAAAGCACUACACCCAAGAGCAAAUACGGACAGACUAUACAUAACACGAAAGAAAGGAGGGAGAGGACUACUAAGUAUAGAGGACUGCGUCAACAUCGAAAACAGAGCACUGGGGCAAUAUCUGAAAACCAGUGAAGACGAGUGGCUAAAGAGUGCAUGGGAAGAAGGACUAAUAAAAGUAGACGAAGACCCAGAAAUAUACAGAGACAGGAGAAUGACAGACAGAACAGAGGACUGGCACAAUAAACCAAUGCACGGACAAUACAUGAGACAGACUAAAGAACUAGCCAGCGAUGACACAUGGCAAUGGCUACAGAGGGGAGAGCUAAAGAAGGAAACUGAAGGAAUGAUAACAGCGGCACAAGAUCAGGCCCUAAGAACCAGAUAUGUUCAAAGAACGAUAGACGGAAAUAACAUCUCUCCCAUAUGAAGGAAGUGCAAUACGAAAAAUGAAACCAUAAACCACAUAGCAAGUGAAUGCCCGGCACUUGCACAGAACCAGUACAAAAAGAGGCAUGAUUCAGUGGCAAAAGCCCUCCACUGGAGCCUGUGCAAGAAACAUCAGCUACCUUGCAGUAAUAAGUGGUACGAGCACCAACCUGAGGGAGUGAUAGAAAACGAUCAGGCAAAGAUCCUCUGGGACUAUGGUAUCAGGACGGAUAGGGUGAUACGUGCAAACAGACCAGACGUGAUGUUGAUUGACAAAGUCAAGAAGAAAGUAUCACUCAUUGAUGUCGCAAUACCAUUGGACACCAGAGUUGAAGAGAAAGAGAGGGAAAAAAUGGAUAAGUAUCAAGAUCUGAAAAUAGAAAUAAGAAGGAUAUGGGAUAUGCCAGUGGAAAUCGUACCCAUAAUCAUAGAAGCACUAGGCACGAUCCCAAGAUCCCUGAAAAGGAAUCUAGAAAAACUAGAAGCUGAAGUAGCUCCAGGACUCAUACAGAAGAGUGUGAUCCUAGAAACGGCACACACAGUAACGAGAGUGAUAGACUCCUAAGGAGGCAGUAUGCAACCCGGAACCCCACACUAUAAAUACCACCCAGUCGAAUUGGAGAACUGUGAUAGAGCAAAAAAAAAAAAAAAAAAAAAAAAAAAUAAUAAUAAUAAAAACAUUAUUUGAUUGGUAAUGUCUAUAUCAACAUACCAAAUGAAGAAAAGUUUCAUAGUACAUAAAGCUCCCACAAAUGUUUGAGUUAUGUAUAGUAAGUCCAGAAGGCUUGCCUUUUUCUUCUUGCACUUUUCCAAUAUGGUCUUCACUUUGAGAUAUUUUGUUAAAAACAAAGUAAUUUUUGUUCGAUAAUGGAAUAGCUUUAAUUUUCUUGCAGACUCAUUCCCUUGCAAAGUAGAGGUUUGGUAAAAUAAAAAAUGCGUGAAUGAAUUUUGCAAGAACAUAUUAGUGACUUUCUCGGAGCAAUUAUCCAUUUUUUUCCUUUAUAUAAUUUCAAGGUACCAUUACCCGAUGCUUCAAUUGUAUUCAUGACGGCAUCAUCUAACCGUGAUCUCUUUCAAGUUUGGUGUCUUUAAAUUUAUUAAUAUCAAAAGGUGUGAGAACUUGGCAGUGCCAAAUUCAUGUUCCCUCCCAGUUAAGGCUGCAUAUUAGCUGUCAUUUAACAUUUUUAAGUUGCUUUACCAACCACUAUUAUUAUAUAAUAAAUAUCUAAUGUAUUUACUACAAAAUAAUAACCAUUAUUUUUAAGCCAAAAUAUAUAACAAUAAUAAUAGUAAUUUAGAUUCAACUAUCGUUAUUACUUCCCAAAAAUUGUGUAUUUCCAACGCACGUGUAAUUAUGUGCUGAUUCACAAUAUUACUGUUAUUAUUAUUAUUUUUGUAACCUACUAUCAUUAAUUAUACUGAUAUGUAUGUUUAUUACUACUGUUAUUAAUAAAUACUCACAAUAUUCAAAGGAUGAAAAAUAAGAAAAAAACCAGUGUACAGUUUUGUAAAUACAAGAAUUCCUUCAAAAAGUGAAUAUACUGAACUCUCGAGGCUGCACGAUUCUCCCUCACAAUCUAGAAUCUUAGAAGAAAAACUUCUGGCGAAGUAAAAACAAAAACACGCGAUGCGGUUUACGAAAAUCGGAACCGGACGUUCGCAUGAACAAAGACUUCCUUUUUUGUAAACAACUUCGCUUGUGUCUUUGUUUUUACUGUUGGUGGUUUUUCCUCUCAUUCAGAUUGUAAAGAAGAAUCCUACAGAUUCUCGAAAGCUCUGUGUCUCUAUUCACUUUCAAAUAUAGACGUAGUUACACAACUGGAUUUUUUUUUUUUUUUUUUAAACUCAUGGGUAUCAUGAAUAUUAUCUUUUAAUAUAUUAGUAAGAAUUGAAAGUAUCUGUUGCUUUCACUUUUUAAAUGUAUUUGUAGUUACACAACUGU